UCUUCUCUCACCAUUUUCUGCGAUUGACUCAGGCUCGCCAACUGAGGAAAAAAUAAAAAUAAAAAUAAAAAUAAAAAGCUCCUCUCAAAAGGCACUCCAACAGCCAUUCCAUGUCCAUGGCCUCCUCCUCCUCCACAGCCUCCGGCGGUCUCCACCUGGAGGCGUUGCCACUCAUCGAUCUCCGCUUCCUUUCCCAAUCAGAACUCCAGGCCCUCUCUCUCACUUCUUCACACUCCUCCGAUCUCCGCCGCUGCGACGACGUUGUCAUCCCCAAAAUUGACCGCUCCAUCUUCAAUGAAAGCGCCGGUAGCCGAAAACAGACAUACUCUCGCCUCCGCCUCGCCCCUCGCAAGCCCGAUAUCGCUGCCACCAUUCCCCGCCGGCCCAGAUUCUCCCCCCACCUUAACCAGAAAGCUGCCCUUGAGCCCGUCGAUGAAGAAAACACCUUAAUUAUCGGACUCCUUAAAGGCUUGUUCGCUACCGAGACUCACGCCGAUGACCUAAUCCCGGUUCAAGUCGAAUAUAGGGAAUCGUCUAAUGAGAUUUUGCAAAAUAUUCCCAUUGAUGUUGUUGCCGACAGUGGGAGGAAGAGGAAGCGAGGGCGACCCAAGAGCGAGAAGACGAUAGCUGUUUAUCAGAAUGGUGGAAGCGGUGAAGGUGGGGGUAUGGGGAUUAUAAAUAAUAAUGGUGUCGUCGUAGAUGUUGCGGCUUUGGCGAAUGCGGAGGACCCUUUUGGUCCGGAAUUGAGGAGGAGGACAGAGGGUUUGACCACAGAGGAAGAGUUGUUAGGGUUCUUGACGGGUCUGAGUGGGCAAUGGGGGAGUAGGAGGAAGAAGAGGAAGAUUGUGGAGGCAAGUGAUUUCGGAGAUGUAUUGCCCCAGGGUUGGAAGCUUUUGCUCUCUAUGAAGAGGAAAGAAGGCCGCGUCUGGUUAUUCUGUCGCAGAUACAUAAGCCCUAAUGGGCAGCAGUUUGUGUCCUGCAAGGAAGUUUCUUCAUGUUUGCUUUCUUUGUCUGGACUCCAAGAUGCAAGACAGCCAAAUUAUGGUCACAAUGAUGAGAAUAGUCAACUUGCCCAUCAAAUUUCUCCUGGAAAUGCAGCUGGUCUUACCCUCAAAGAUGACAAUAGUAAGGAUGGUCUUGUUUGCUCUUCACCAUCAACCGUUACUACUAUACCAACUCAUCAUGAGAAGCAAGCCACCUUAUUGAACAUGGGUAAUUCAUGGGAGGUCAAAGUGGGGGAAAUUUUAAAAUGCCAUAAAUGUGCCAUGACAUUUGAUGAGAAGGAUGAUUUAUUGCACCACCUAUCAUCAUCUCACAAUGGGACUGCAAAUAGCUGUAAACUCAGUUCAUCCAUCUGCAAUGAGGUGAUAAUGAAAGAGGGAAAAUAUGAAUGUCGGUUCUGCCAUGAGAUAUUCCAUGAAGAGAAUGGUUACAAUCGCCAUGUUGAGAUCCACACAAAAACAUCUGUUAAGAACGCUGAAACAUCAGUGCUAAAUAGUGAUCCCACUCCCUUGGAUGGACUUGUCAGUGAUUCUAUUGAGAAAACUACAAAUGGCCAAGCCAAUGAUGGAAUGAGUUUUGGUCUUACCCAUAAGACACCAAAAGCAGAUUCUAUUAAAGAAACUCAUAUUGGCAAAUCCAAUAAUUCUUUCUUUCAUAUGGGGCAGCACUUUGAGGUGACCCAAAAUGAUGGAACUUUUGCUGACGAAUCUGUUGACGAGCAGGAUAAAGAUUGUAAUACAAGAAAUGAUAGACUGGGGAAGGUGCAUGAGGCUCCUGAUAUUUUAGCUGCUAAAACUAGUCUUGCUGAAGCUGCCUUGUCCACAAGUGAGGAUAGAAGUAUUCAGAAAGCUUCCAAUGAGUCAAAUGUUCUCAAAUGCCCCACAGAUGGAAUCAAUGAAUUAUGUGGCAGCGAGGAAAGAAUUUCUGAAAGUUAUUCAGUUGCUCCUUCUGAAAAUCAGCAAACAUGCGAGGUUGAAGACAAUGUGCAUGGUGCUUCCACUAGCUUAAAGAAAGAGCUCAGGCAGGAGAUAAGUUAUGAAAGUGGUCUAGCUACUCCAAAUGAUAAAGGAGAGAUAUGUGCUGAAAUUGCCGAGGAUAGGCUUUUUACUAGCACAAUCAAAGAGAUGAAAAUUGACUGCAAGGAUGAAUUUGGGCAACAUAAGCCAAUAUUUGAUUUUGACAAUUGUGCUACAUAUGGUAAAGAUAUUGCAAUUAAUGUCAAGCAGCAAAGAGUUUCUGAAGACUGCCAUUUGCCUGUUCCUUUCCCAAACGAGCAAAAAUGUGGUUUUGUUAAUAAUAUGAAUGGAGUUUUAUCUCCUCCCAUAGUGGAGUCCAAUCAGCAAAGAUGUUCUAAAAGCGUCACUCUAUCUGGCAAUAACCAGACAUAUGAUGUCAACAAUAAUGGCAGUUGGGUUUCUACUGGCACUGGCAGGCCUAGAGUUGAAGCGGACAACUCUGGGAAUAAUGAACUAACAUUUGGCUUUGGUAGCAAUCACCCUCAGCCUAAUGAGGAUGCUGUGACCUGUGUUGAGUGGGGAAUAAGUUCUGGAAGCUGUUCUCUUGUUUCAUCCUGGAAGGAUCAAACAUGCUUUAAAAAUAACACCAAUUGGGUUUCUGCUUGCACAAAACCCCUGCAGGAAAAAGGUUCUGAAAGUGGUGCUCUCACUCCAUCUUGUAAGGAACAAAUAUGGGGCGUUGAAAAUAAUGGGAAUAAGUUUUCCAUUGGCACAAUGGAUAAGCUCAAAUUUGAUGAAAUAAACAACUCUAGGAAUAGUGAGCUAAUCAUUACUUCUGGCAACAUGAGCAACACUGGAGUAGGUAUGGAUGUUGUGACAAGUGUUCAGAAGCAAAGAGGAUCUGAAGGUUAUUUAUCUAUUCUUUCUAAGAAUGAGCAAAAAAUUGGUGCUGAAAGUCCUGUUACUGGGUUUUGCAAUAGUGCAGUGGCAGAGCUCAAACUGGGAGGACAUUCUGAGAGUGGAUUUUGUAUUCAAUCUGAUGGUGAGCAAAAAUGCGGCAUUGGUAAUGAUUUGAAGAGGGUUUAUCCUGGAAGAUUCUGGGAGGUUCCAAGACUUAGGGAAGUAGAAAAUCCUAGUAAUACUGAGCUGAUGAUUGGUUUCGGCAGCAGUCAUGCCCAACCUGGUCAGGACGUCAUGGCUGAGGUUAUGUGGAGAAGUGAUGAAGAAAAUGUGCUGCAGAGUGCUUUAGGCAAUUCUUCAUCUUCAAUGGUGCUUUCAUCCAGUUGCUUUCCCACAUUUGAUGUAAUCUCAGAUAAGGGGUUAAAUGGACUCUGUACUGCAAAUGAGAAGUUCAACACUGAUAGCAUAGAAAAUCUGAAAUUCAGUUCUCUGACUGCACAAAGAAACUCUCUUUCAGAAGAUUCCAAAGUAUUGUCAUAUGAUGCAGGGAUGGAACAAGGGUUCAAUUCUUCUGAAUGGCUUGAAAAGGAAACUUUGUUGCCAAAAGUAGCUGGGAGGCAUCUGGUUGCCGCAUUAUGCAUCUGGUGCAGAAAUGAGUUCCAUCAUGAGAAUGUUGGCAAUGCAACACAAACAGGUUCAACUGGUUUAAUGUGUCCAACCUGCAAGGUUAAGUUCCCAGGGGAACUCAAUUUAUUCUAGAAUGGCUUAACUCUGAACAUUCCUGCUCCCAAACUUGCUUCCAUUAUUCCUGAUCGUCGUUAUGGAUAAGAUUCCAGAUGUGAGGUAGCUUCUACAUCUGACAAAAUUCUAUUAUUACCUAGAAAUGCUGCCAUCUUACUCAUUAUUGCACCAAUCCCUUGAGUCCAUUCUUUGCUUUUGUCAUAACUAGACCCUCAAUUAGCCCUAAUAUCUUUAAGAUGACAUAGUGAAACUUGCAAAUGGCAACUAGUUGGAUGUUCUAGGGCACUUGUUCAGUCACGGCAUUACAUUGCUCAGAUGGAUUUCCUGCAAUUGCUUGCAAUUUUUUUUUCACUUAGAUUUGAUGUAGCAAGGUUUGGGAAUUUUGUAGUAUCAACAAGCAGCUGUCUAAGGUUGUUUUAAGGCUUUGGGUUUUUUGAUAUUACAAAGACAUUGCUGGCAAUAAAAUAUUUGGGAAUGAACCCUAUGCCCUUCAUAGAUGGGAUGGCUAUACCUAUCUUCAUUGUAUUGACAACCGACCUUUUCUGACAGCUUAUUCUGUAUAUUUUCCAGAUGGAAGACAGAUACAUGUAUGGUAGUUCCAAGCUAAAGAGGCGAGGCUUGCAGUUCUGGUACGGCUCCUUUUUGUUUCUUGCUGGGGAUCGACUUAUCACAUUCCCUUUGUUUUUUCUUUUGUUUCCAUUUAAAUGAUUUCUCUCAUCCGCACACUGACCAUAAUUUGUGUUGCAAAUUUCCAAUAUAAUGUGGAAGUCCAUUUUCUGUCCUCAAAAGAGGGGGAACAGGACAGGCAACUUGGACGAGCAAUCAGUUUGUAGGUCGCUUUUGUUUCUUCAAUUAUCAGGGCUGCAUUAAGUUUUUCUCUUUAA